AUGGAUUUGUUCUGGAACGGGGACUGUCUGGAAUCUCACGAGAAAGCUUCCGGAUUCUCGUUACCCCACAGAACUUAUGACAAGCUGAAUGGACACACAUUGAUGAACGAGAUAGCGCAACAAUCCCAAUCACACAAAAACCUUGGAUUAGAAGAAACAAAAAACUCGAUAAUUUUGAUAAUGUUCGGGCUUCAUCAUGGUCAUAAUGUGGCCGGUGACUCUCAUUGCUUACCAAAACGCAUUAGUGAUGGGCGGAGUGACAUACAGAACUGUGAUGACAAAUUGGAAAAGAAGAAAAAGAAAAUGUUCUACUGGAAAUGA